AUCGCAACCUGCCCGAGCUACGAUAGCUACCAUCAUCCCCCGCGACAACCGACCGUGCGCCGGCGCCGACCACUUGCUCGCCUCAUCCGAAGCGCAUUGCAGGUGACGAUAGCUCCCUACUCCCGACCGUAAACCCGAAACCCUCAGAUAAACACAGUCCGCGAUUGCGCAACAUCCGAUAUCAUGUCCACCCCCUCCGACUCCUACGUCCUGCACGACCACUCCCCGUCAACCGACAACGACGAUGUCGACUCCCUCGCGUCCAUAUCCAGCAGUAUCCUAGACUCGAAUGACUCCGAGUACGACGACGGAUCAGACGCGCAAAAGGAAUGGGAACAAAGUCUUGAGCAGCUUCAGCUUCUCAUGACCAUGGUGCUAAUACCGUUCGCGGGGAAGUUUUUGGGGCGCAAGUUUGCUUAUUGGAGUUGGGGACGGUACAUGGAGUGGAUGCACGGGGUCAAGGUCCAAUGGUAUAACAAGACGCUAUUUAACAUUGCCGGUUGGGUAGGAGCCGCGUCGACGGUAACGACGGUAUGAGGGAGCCAGGUGCCCGUGAUAAUGAGGGAGUCAAGGGCGACGGCAAGCACAAUUCUCGAUACGAUACUUUUUCGGUAUAUCUGGGAUACCAGGGAUGGACAUAGUGCUCUUUCGGCGUUACGGUAUAGCAUAAAGGGAACAUGCAGGUUUUGAUCUUUCUCCUCUCCCUACUCGCCAUCCUAACCAAAGGUAUUACC